ACUAAAGGAGGAGGUGAAAGACCGAAGAAGAGGAAGAACAGCGACCGCUUCUCUUUCCUCUCUCAUCUCUCUCUCUCUCUCUCUCUCACACACACUACGUUUUUUUUGACACAGAUAUAUGAGUCGCCCCCGAAGCCUCCAUUUAUAAUUUUAUAUAUUGUGAGCAACUUCCAUCUUUCUUUUUCCACAAGGCGAUUGUAAAAACACUUACUGCAAAGAGCAACAAAGAGAAAGUAAAGGAUCGAAAGAGAAAGAAAGAGACCACAGACGACAGAGCGACAACACAGAGAGAGAAAGAGUAUAUGUACAUGUAUGAGAGUGUGCUUGUGAGAGAGAAGGAAUUGAAGAAGCUUUCAAUACCGCAGAAGGGAAAACGAUGUCUGAGAGCUUUACAUCCUUUCAUACUCUUCAGCUCUAAAGAGAUUUGCAUAUUCAGGAGCUGAUCCUUGAUCAAUUCGAUUAACUACAAAGCGAAUUAGAUGAUGAUGACGAUGAAUAUGAUGAGGAGGAACAAGAUCUUAACAUGGGAAUAGCAACACCUUCAUCGCUUCCUUCCAUUCUCUCAAAGACACACCAACACCAACAGCAACACCAUUUGAAUUCUAUGUCCCAAGAUUACCACCACCACCACCACCAAGGAAUCUUCAACUUCCCGAAUGGGUUCGAGAGAUCCACGACGGUAACACAAGAACAACAACAACAACAACAACAGAUUCGGAGGGAGAAAGUCAGGGUGCAAGGGUUUGAGCCACAACAAACAACGUUAGUUCCGAUAGAAGAAGAGGAAUCAGGAAGCCUCCCAGUGUACGAAAACGAAGGCAUGUUAUCGGAGAUGUUCAAUUUCGGUGCCGGCGGCGCCGAAUUAUUGGAGCAGCAACCACAAUCAAUGACGACGACGUUUCGUUCCUCCACAAGGACAGUGGGCAGUGGUGGCAGCGAGUGGUACGGAAACAGACAAGGGAUGUUAACUGGGUUGGGACCGUUGGGAGAUUCAAAGAAUCAUCAUCAUCAUAGCCGUGACAGUAGUAGCAGCAGCAGCAUGGUUCAGCAUCAGCAUCAUCAUCAUCAUCACAACCACCACCAUCAUCAUCAUCAGAUGUCAAACAUUAAUGCUGACCCUGCAGCUGCCAUGCAGCUUUUUCUCAUGAACCCACAAACCAGAUCCCCUUCACCCCCUCCUCCUUCUGCUUCUUCUUCCACUCUUCACAUGUUGCUUCCCACUUUCCCUCCUGGUUCAACAACUGGAGGGUCUUUUGGUCAAUUCUCAUGGGUCCCUGACACUUCACAAGAAGGAGGCACAAGCACUGUUGUGGAAGGCCAUGGCCAAGGUCUUUCCUUGUCCCUUUCUUCUUCUUUGGAAGCGGCAAAAGCUGAGGAAUUGAGGAUGGGGGAUAGUGGGUUUUUGUAUUUCAAUCAAGCUAGUGGAGGAGGACCCUCUUCUUCUGCUCAAUAUCCUUAUAAGAAUCUCGCCGGUCAUCACCACCAAGCAUUGCAUAUACAACAAGGAGGGAUUGGACAGAAUCAGCAAGGACAUGUUGGGUAUGGAGCAUCUUCAUCAACACCAUCCUUAGGUGUGGUUAACGUGUUGAGGAAUUCCAAGUAUGUCAAGGCUGCUCAAGAAUUGCUUGAAGAGUUUUGCAGUGUUGGGAGGGGCCAGUUCAAGAAGAACAAGUUCAGUAGGCAACUCUCAAACCCUAGUUCUAACCCCGGAGCUAGUGGUGGUGGCGGCGGCGGUUCUUAUUCUUCAUCAAAGGAUGUUCCUCCUUUGUCAGCGGCUGAUAGGAUUGAACAUCAAAGGAGGAAGGUCAAACUUCUAACCAUGCUUGACGAGGUGGACCGAAGAUACAGCCACUACUGCGAACAAAUGCAUAUGGUGGUGAACUCAUUUGACCUGGUGAUGGGUUUUGGUGCAGCGGUUCCAUACACAGCGCUAGCACAGAAAGCAAUGUCUCGUCAUUUUCGGUGUCUAAAGGAUGCGAUAUCAGCGCAAUUGAAGCAUAGCUGUGACUUGCUGGGAGAGAAAGAUGGGGCAGGGACCUCAGGAUUGACCAAAGGAGAGACCCCAAGACUUAAGUUGCUUGAACAAAGCUUAAGACAGCAAAGAGCGUUCCACCAAAUGGGUAUGAUGGAACAGGAAGCUUGGAGACCCCAGAGAGGGUUGCCCGAACGUUCUGUCAACAUUUUGAGAGCCUGGCUUUUCGAGCAUUUCCUUCAUCCGUACCCAAGCGAUGCAGAUAAGCAUCUGUUGGCACGACAGACUGGGCUAUCGAGAAAUCAGGUAUCAAACUGGUUCAUUAAUGCCAGGGUUCGUUUGUGGAAACCCAUGGUGGAAGAUAUGUACCAACAAGAACUUAAAGAAGCAGAAGGUGCAGAAGAGAGAGAAAGGAACCAAAGCAGCAGCAACAGUGGCCACCAAGCAGCACAAACUCCAACGCCCUCAACAACAGCAUCAACAGCAACAGCGCCACCACCAACAGCAUCACCACCAACAACAAUAGCAACAGCACCAACAGGCAAAAGAUCCGAUAUCAAUGCCCAAGAUAGCGACCCUUCACUCGCAGCAAUAAAUAAUAGACACCAAGCCAACUCCACCGCCACCACCGUUGCCGCCACCGCCUCUGAGGUGGUGCCACCCUCGGAGCUGCCCCCACACAACAACACCGACGAAACGUGUAGGCAUGGUAGCUUGGUUACGACAACGGAUUAUGGGACCGCUUCUGCUACUUCUGACAUUGGUUCAACUCUUAUUAGGUUUGGGACCACCGCUGGUGACGUGUCACUCACCUUAGGGCUACGUCACGCUGGGAACAUGCCCGAGAAAACCCCUUUCUCUGUUAGGGACUUUGGAGCCAUUUAAACUUAAUUCCCUAUAUUACUUCACAUAUUAUUCAAACUAAUAAUGAUACGUAUAGGAGGUUGCUCUUUAUUAUUAUAUUAUAAUAAUAUGAUAUGAUAUAUCAAAAGAAACCAUUUUCCCUUCCUUUAUUUAUUUUCUCUCUUAUAUUAAUCCCUCCCUCUUAAUUUAAUUUGCAUUUUAUGGAGGGAAAGGAAAAAUGGAAUACAAAUUGAGAAACGUAUCCUUAUGUGGGACAAUCAGCUAGCUAGCAAGGUAGGCUCUGUGGUGAUUUGUAAAAUUGUAUAGUAGGAUGUUUUCUAUUUUCUUUUUUCCUAUCUCAUAUAUGUACUUAAGGUUUUGUACCUUAAUUAAUUUGAUAGGACUUGAUCUAAUUAAUAGAAUAACAGAUGCUCACUUUCAUUUCU